GAAAUAAUCCUUUACUUUCAAUCCAAGGAGAUGUGAAGAUGGGUGAGGUCGAUGCGUCACCAGAAUGGAUCAAGGGGGAUGGGGCAGGGCGCAGCAGUCCCCAGCCUAUCACUGCGUCCAAUGAGCACUGACAUUGCAUUGGUGAAGGGGUGGAUGUCUGUGGGUGGAUGACUCCUACUUUCUCACCGUGGAUGUAGCAAGGGGAGGAGCUCCAUGCUUGGGUUUGACAGCUGCGAAAUAGAAAAUGUGUAGCUCCUAGUCAGGGGGAAACCAUGCUGCUGUUAGGAAACCAGACUUCCAGCAGGAAUGGCAUACAGCAUGGCCUUUAGUAGACUGCGGAUGCACUCGUAAAAUUGUCUCCACUAUUGAAUCCGAGAUAUAAAAUAUAAGAGAUUAACUUUCAUUGUGCAGAAAAACGAUUUUUUUUGGUGGCAUGCACCGUGCCUUUUCAUUCCCAGUGACUGUGGAGCGCAGUCGGACCAAGGAGUGUCUGGAGGCGAGUUUGGCCGGGCUGUGUGAGCUGGAGCUGCGUAAACAGAGGCAGGAGUGUCUGGUGCUGGGGGCGCUGGCUCUGGCAGACCCCCUGCCCCAAGACAAGACCAGAGGAGACCUGCCGUGUUUCAGCAGCUGGGGACAGGAAAACUUGACACUGAGGCGUCAGCUGAGUGCUCUUCAGAGUUCCCCAUGGGGGCUAAUGCAAGCUCUGGAAAAGCAGGUGGGAGAGCUGAGGAUCGACACCGACGACGGCUGUUAUGAUGGAGCACAAGGAGACGCAGGCGACAGUCGACCCAGUUCAGGUUUCUAUGAGUCAAGUGAGGGUCAGUCGCCAAAAGGAAGAUCCUGUUCCACGGAGCCCACAGAGACCAUCUCCUCCUGGGCUUAUAGUAAUGACAGGCCAAAGUCUGUGGGUGACCCACUUUCAUUCAAUGCAGAGGUAGAUACGCCUAUCCUUCGCACCACACUACCCCGCUCUUUCUCCGCCCCGUACCCACCUCUGGAGGGCAUCGCUGAAGAAGCCACAGGGUUGGACUCCUCAUCCUGGGACCCGAAAGGGCACACCCAAACCUGGCAUCAGCACCCAGCAGUGGAUCCAGUGACUGAGGAUGACUACCAACAGGCCUUUAGGGUUGAAGGUUACAUCCUAAGUCUCAUCCAGCGUCACACCCUCUCACCACGGCCAUGUCAGCCUCGCACCACUGUGACCCCUGACCCCAUAUACUCAUCUUUACACAGGAGAACUCCUUCCCUGACCACAGAGCAACGCCUUCCUGACCCCUAUCACCAGCCCCAGGUUGACCUUUUAGCAAACCCUAAGAGCCAGGGCUGGGGUUGUGACCUCCUCGAGGGGGAAGCCUGUGGCGGAGAGGCCCCUUCGUUGGAGGAGGACUGUUAUCUGGCUCUGCCCUACCCCCAGUCCAGGCCACACUCCCUGGCUGGGAGGCUACCAUCACCUCUGCCCUCUCUGGACCCCAACUAUGGUGUUGGGGUUCUUGACCUUUGUUGUGAACCCACAUCCCCCCAUCAUUAUCCACAUCCACAACCCCCUAUUCAUCACAAGCACAAUCUAGUCAGUGCACAGUAUAUACCCGGACAAGCCUGCCAUGCCCCUGUUCGCUCCCCUAGACACUACAACCCAGAGCAGCCUAAGCCUAACCAUGAUACAGCUUGUCCUGACCACCAAAACUCCAAGUCCAGAAGUUCAAAAAAGAGCCACAAUGACCGACAGCGGUCCAAGAAAUCCAGUAGUAAAAGUCGAUCCCAGUCUGAAAACAGCCUCCUGGGCCAGCGAAUGCUCCCAGAACGCAGAUACAGCACAACAGAGAGGAACCAAGGCCGAGGGGAUGCUGCUCAGAACAAAGGCCAAUCUCCAGGACUCCACAUGGACAACAACGGGUGUCGACGCUGGUGCUCUAACCUGGAGCUUAGCCAGGACGAGGGGGACACACACCCAGGACAAGCACACAGACGUGCACCCAGAAAAGCUCGCCAUUGUCAUCCGUGCCCUCAUUCCCAAACACAGAACUACCACCAGCAGCAAACCCAUCGAAGGCAGCACUCUGACUUUCAGGAGAGGGCUCCUCUUUGUCAGGGCGAGGAGGGCUAUGCCGGAGCUGCACCUGCAGAGUCUGAAUCCAGCAUGAGUGAGGCGUAUUCGCCGGCUUCCAGCUCAUUGUCCAGUGACUCAGAUGAGAGUGGGGGUCUGGUUUGGCCACAGCAGCUGCCCCCACGCCUUGCCUCUACCUCAUCUUCUUCCUCACCCUCACCACAGGCCACUGCCAAUGCUUCAUCUCAGCCCAAAGCCUUUGUGAAGAUCAAAGCCUCCCACGCUCUCAAAAAGAAGAUCCUCAGAUUCCGCUCAGGAUCCCUCAAAGUCAUGACAACUGUAUGAUGGAGCCAUGCAAACUCAUUUUCACACAAAACCAUAAAUACUGUGUUGCAAAAGGUAUUUUUAAUGGAGCCAUGUCCAAAGUCACUAAUCAGAUUGAAUAAUAAUAAUGUCAGUUUUUAUACUCUUACUACCUCUACUUACAGUGUAGUUUAAGUGAAAAAUCUGCCAGACAUCACUUAUCAGUACUGCAAUCUUGUCAGAUUUUAACCCAUAAAGACCCAAACAUCCACCGCCGUCUAAAGUCUUAAACUGAUCUAAAAUGUUUAAUACCUGUUGAUCCACUACUCAUAUCAAUAAAUGUA